AAACAAAUGGUUACCUAAAACCGUUUAACUGGGGUGUCUUUUCAUGAGUCACCUUAGUUUAAGGAAGUUAAACUAAGUGUCAAAACAUUGUGUGGGAAGUGUCAAAAUAUUUGUGGUAGUACUUAUUCUUUAGCUAUGAUGUUUCUCAGAUGAAGAUAAAAAAAGUGACCAUGAGCUCACAGAACAGGAAACUAGCGCUACUGAUCGGAAAUUUCAGUGAUAUGAAAAGAACGUGUUAGUGUCAGAGCUGGACGUUACGAAGCAACACUCUGUGCUUGUUUGUGAACUUUUAACAUUAAUAAUGACAAAAGUUUUAGGUUUUAUUUUAGUGAUGAAUGCACUUCUCUGCUGCAGACAUGCUGAAGGCGCAAUUCUGACUAUUGAUCCCAACUGGUCGACUUUUCAUCCUGGAGAGAGCGUGACGUUCAUUUGUGACAUGAAUGAAGGCAAAGACACCGACUGGGAAUAUGAGAUAAAAAAAAAUGGAGAACAAUUUCUUCGCUCCAACCCGUACAAAAGCUUCACAUUACUACCUAUCCAAAUCGAUCACAGUGAUGAAUACCAGUGUUGUGGACUCAGGAAGAGCUCUGGUGAUACCAAGUGCAGUGAUACUGUCUCUUUAACUGUUACUGCUCAACCCAAACCCACACUGACUGCAGGUCCUACAACCAUACCAGUAGGGGGCAGUGUGACACUGAGCUGCUCUCUGCCCUCUGCUGGAUGGAAAUACAAAUGGUACAUAAGGACCAAAAACACACCUGAAGUUCAACUCACUGAUGAAGAAAACAGAGAUAUUAAUGUAGCACAAGCAGGAAUAUACCGAUGUCUGGGAAUGAGAGGAAAUGAAAACUAUCAAAGUCUUGUAAGUGACGAAGUCAGCAUCACAAUAAGCUUUUCCAACAAGGUUGUUGUGACUCGACAACCAAACUGGCCUCAGAUGUUCAGUGGUGAGUCGAUCACUCUGACAUGUGAGGUCCAGGGAGGAGAAACCACUGAUUGGACGUGUGAAUGGAGGAGAGAUGGGAAAACUGUAAAAAUGGGAAAUGAUAAACAUCUGACUGUCAAUGUUAAUGAGUCCAGUAGUGAAGAGUACAUGUGUCAGUGUAGACGCAGAGACGACUGGCAUUCUUUGACAAAGUGGAGUGAAAAGAUCCCAGUGUCUGUGUCAGUAACAGUGUCCACUCCUGUCAGCUCUUCAUCUGAUGUCCUUAUGAUCAUCGGACCUGUCGGUGGAAUCCUCCUGGUUCUUCUUCUGGUGUUACUGUGGUACUACAGGCGGUCCAAAGAUUUACGCUGCCGCUGGUGGAAGCUGUUAAAAAUCAGCUGCGGAGUAAAUAAUGGAUUCAACAAGAAUGACACCAAUGAGAGCAGCUCUCCUCUGCAUGGUGACGAUCAUAUCUACGAGUCGGUCAACUUCUCAGACUCCAGUGGAAAUGUGGCAGACAAACCCAGAGAUGCAACCUACUCUCUCAUUGAACUGAAAAACUUUGGGAAAGAGAGUAUCCCAAAUGAACCAGUAGAGGGCGCUGUUUACUAUCGUCUGGAAUCAGGAAUGAAAGGUAGGGGGCGCCCUGGAGCAAAAGAAGAGGCUGUUUAUUCAGAAAUCAACUCAGGACCAGAGAACAAUAACACCAUCUAGGUGUAGUUCAGUCUACAGCUUCUAACUCAUGUCAUUUUUGUAGGAUCUAUUGUGACAAGCCAAAUAUUAACCUUUCAUAAAACUGAUUUUAACUGUUGCUUUGUAUGUGUUAAAAUAAUCCCUCUCAACAUUCCCAGUUAUUUAUUAUACUGGUAAUUCUGCUUUACUUUGCUUUAAUAUACAGAGUGAGUAUAUUAGUUACACACUCUGUAUAAAAAUACAUGAUUCAUGAAAUCAAACAAAACUUUUCCUGUUUUGAGUUAAUUAAAAUUACUCAAAUUCUUUUUAAUUUCUCAACAGUACAAUGGUAAACACGGGGGAUAU